ACACACCCACCUCCAGACACACUCGCAUUUCUCAUUUCUUACUUCUAGUCUAAAUUAGAUAGCAAGACGUAGUGUCGGAGCUCACAGAUCGUACAGAAUUAGUUUAAAGUACUAGCGGUAGUUAAACAGCAAAUCUGAAAUUCAACAUGGAGUCCCCUCCAGAUCCAGCGAGCGACCCGGGCAACAGCGCCUCGGAGCCGGCUACCCCGGUCAGGGAAACCCCGGUAAACCUGGAGACGCUCCGGAAAGCGGACCAUCCAGCCCCGGUUCGAAGGCAGACCUGUUCCAGCACCAACAGAGGUAUCUCAGUAACAAAGAAGACACAUACUUCUCAAAUCGAAAUAAUUCCCUGCAAGAUCUGUGGAGACAAAUCAUCAGGCAUACAUUACGGCGUGAUAACAUGUGAAGGCUGUAAGGGCUUCUUCAGGAGGAGUCAGCAGAGCAAUGCAGCUUACUCGUGCCCCCGUCAGAAGAACUGCUUGAUCGACCGCACCAGCCGCAACCGCUGCCAGCACUGCCGGCUGCAGAAGUGCCUGGCAGUGGGCAUGUCACGAGAUGCAGUGAAGUUCGGCCGCAUGUCGAAGAAGCAGCGAGACAGCCUGUACGCUGAGGUCCAGAAGCACCGGCUGCAGCAGCAGCAACGUGACCACCAACAGCAGCCUGGAGAGGCGGAGCCGCUCACACCUAGCUAUGGCCUCUCAGCCAAUGGCCUCACAGAGCUCCAUGAUGACCUCAGCGGCUACAUGGACGGUCAUACCCCUGAUGGCAGCAAACCAGACUCGGCGGUCAGCAGCUUCUACCUGGACAUCCAGCCAUCUCCUGACCAGUCAGGCCUGGACAUCAACGGCAUCAAGCCGGAGCCCAUCUGCGACUUUGCCCCGGGCUCUGGCUUCUUCCCUUACUGCUCCUUCACCAACGGAGAAACCUCCCCCACCGUGUCCAUGGCUGAACUAGAGCACCUGGCCCAGAACAUCUCUAAGUCACACAUGGAGACAUGUCAGUAUCUGCGAGAGGAGUUGCAGCAGAUGACCUGGCAGGCUUUCCUUCAAGAGGAGGUGGAGAGCUACCAGAACAAGCCCCGGGAAGUCAUGUGGCAGCUGUGUGCUAUCAAAAUAACAGAGGCCAUUCAGUAUGUGGUGGAGUUUGCCAAGCGCAUCGACGGCUUCAUGGAGCUGUGUCAGAACGAUCAGAUAGUGCUGCUGAAAGCAGGCUCUUUGGAAGUUGUGUUUGUCAGAAUGUGCCGUGCCUUUGACUCGCAAAACAACACAGUCUAUUUUGAUGGAAAAUAUGCCGGACCUGAUGUGUUCAAGUCAUUAGGCUGUGACGACUUGAUCAGCUCCGUCUUCGAGUUUGGGAAAAACUUGUGUUCUAUGCACCUGUCUGAGGAUGAGAUCGCCCUGUUCUCCGCCUUUGUGUUGAUGUCUGCUGACCGGUCUUGGCUCCAGGAGAAGGUGAAGGUGGAGAAACUCCAGCAGAAGAUCCAACUGGCCCUCCAGCACGUCCUGCAAAAGAACCACAGAGAGGAUGGUAUUCUUACAAAGUUGAUAUGCAAAGUGUCGACACUGCGAGCGCUGUGCAGUAGGCAUACAGAGAAGCUUACAGCUUUCAAAGCAAUAUACCCAGACAUUGUGCGUGCCCACUUCCCCCCCUUAUACAAGGAGCUGUUUGGAUCAGACUUUGAGCAGUCCAUGCCCGUUGACGGGUAGCAGCCCCCGCCAGGUGCCAGUGUGCCCACCGUAGGGGAAUGUGGAGGAGGAAUCUGAGACACUUUACUGGUGCCCUGCACAAACCAGAGCGGACAGAUGGCACGCUGUUCAACUUCUUCUUUUACAUUGGAGGGGAGGGCUUAGGGAGUUGAUUGUCAAGGUUUACUAUAUUGAAUUUAGUUCUCUUUGGAAGACAUGUGGGACCCGACACCCCACGGGACAUGAAGAGGAGAUAGGAACAAAUAAUUUCUGUUUGGUUGAACUUGACCCUCUUAUGCGCUUUUCUAACGAGGAGCUCCCUCCGUUCAUUUUCACCAGUAUCUCUGAUUUCUCUGUUUCACUUAAAAUCAUGCAAACAAUCAAUAAGACACUUUUGGAAAAAAUAUCCCUAAAACGAAUCAGUAUUAUUUUCCAGAUGACACCCCCUUCUACAGUCUUGGUGUUUUCAUUUUAAUGCACCGUAGCGCCAAAACACAACAAAUAACUGGCAAAUGCGCACAUUUUGGUCAAGUUCAGCCAUUUUUUUUUUCUCUCUUGUUUUCCGUCGUAUCUUCUGGACACAGUGCUUGGAAUGAAAACUCACAGCAACUUUGAGGGAGGUUCCAUUGGCAUGGUGAUGCAAUCGGCACCUCUCUAUGGACAAUCGUUUAAAAGAGGAAAAAAAAAAAAAAAGAAACCUAGAAUUCUGGUAAUUCUAAUGAAAACGCAAUGAUUUUAGCUGUCAAAGACUCCAUCCACCAUUGUUGCAUAGUGAAAUCAUGUAAGGCCAUCUGCUAUUAAUCCUUCUCUGGACAGGUGCCCUGGAGAAGCACAGGGCACCAACACAAUGAAAAGGGUCCAUUCCACCUGUUUUAUAAUGUACUACAGGGUAUAUGGUCAUAAGUACUUACUAUACAGAAAAAAGUAAUGUUUAUAGAAUCUAUUUUAAAUAACAUGUAUGAUAUUAGUAGUUAGACCAUUCUUAAUUGUUGAAUUGAUAAGGCACUUUUAUUUACACCUUUCUUUAAUUUAAGACUUGUAUAUUUACCUAGUGAUGUGUUGCAUGUGCACAAGAAAUACAAGUUGAAUCAUGGUCACGGAGGGUAGUCCUGGGAGCUGCAGAUGAUACUGGUCUGGAAGUGUUCGGGAUGUCUGUUAGGAGGGGGGCUGGCGUGGCCGCUGGUUGGUGAACUGAGAGGCGUGGAUGAGAAGGCAAAUUAAAAGACACUCCGUCACCUUGUUUUUUCCUCAACGACUGCCAGCGUGACACCUGUCAAAAAUGUAGCUCUGAUGCUCCCCUUAGCAAGCAUGCACACACAAAGUAACAGCAAACAAACCCUGUAGUGAUGUUACUUUGUUCUGAACACACCUGGAUGUCACGGCAUUUGUUUGAACAUUUUUUUUUUUGUUUUUUUUUUCAAGAAAUCUGAGGUAUACUGUCACGGAACAUUUGCAACACUUUCAUAUUCUUAAUUGUUUUGUUCGAAAUAUUUCGUUUUAAUGUGAAAACUCGUCAUUUAAAGGUUUCGAGAGGACAUAAAGAAAUGAAGCAUCCAGGUCGCACAAAUCAACACUGAAUAGCCAUGUGGUCGGACUGGAAAAAACCGCACGCACAGACUGUAAUCCAAUUGUUCCAUCUAGUGGAAGAUAAAGAUACGGCAAGCAAGUUUACCGACAGAGCUCCGGGGUUUAACCUAAAAGCACAUUUAUGAGCCUCUGUCGAAGCGUUUUUUUGAGCGUUUUUCUGCUGUUUAAGAGUGACUAUUCUCUGCCUUCUCACCGCAGCCUCGGCCCAGCGACGCCGUUAACAGGACACAGAAGAAAACAGUGAAGGGAAAGUGAAUAUUCAAAGCCUUGUCUGGUAGUAAAGCUUCUAUUUUUGUAACUUGUUUUGGUUAAUAAACUCAUGAAAGAGAACGAGGGAGAGAAAAAGAUGUCAGGUAGCACUUAACUAUAUUCCUGCAAUAAUUAGACUAGCUGUUGUUUGUAUGAUUAGGGGAGAAACAUAAAAAUGGUAGGACAAGUGCUAUUUUCAGAAUGCUUUGUUGUUGUGCUUCUGUUUUGUUGAGUGUGUCUUUCUUGUCAGUGUGGUAGUAAAAGUGGUAGAAAAAAAAAACCCUGGAUGUGCCAAACAGUAGUCGUUGCUUCCGCUUUCCAGUCUACUCGUCUAUAAUGUAGAAUGGAUUCCUAAGACAUUCCAGCAAUCUCAGUAGCGGCUUCUAGAAAUAUCUUUGGAGGAAGAAAAAAAAAAAAGAGCAAAACAAAAGAAAAAAAAAAGAAAAAAAGUGUUAUCCCUUUAGAAACCCAACAAAGCAUGUUAACACAUCUGUCACCGACUGUAACAUAAAAUCCAGUUGUUUGUCUUUUGUUUUGUGUUUGCACACUAUCAUUCCUCUGCCGUGCAAUUUGCGCGAGGCGUUAAUGCCUUGUGCUGUCACCCCUCAGGGAAGAGUUUCUUUUGUGCUUUCUGUUUGAGAGGACAUUUGUUUUUACUCAUUAGCUUUUAAUUUAGUUUUUUUUUUUUUUUGUUCAGGGAUGUUCCAUGGGAAGUGGUUGAAAUUACAGAUUUGAAAAUUCAUCACUGAGUUGUUCCGAAUUUUACACAUUACCAACGUCCAUAAGGGGCCUCCAGCCAAGUCAAGUUUUAAAAAAAAAUCUCAUUUGUUAAAAAAAAAAAGAGAAAAAAAACCCCAUCACUUUUACAAACUGCAGUUUUUCAGUACGCAGCAUAUUUCUGUCACACGAAAAUCAAUUUUGGUUAUAAAAUGGUGUCAUCAGGGUCUUUACAAAUGAUAACCCUCUUUGUUAGAAAACCAAAUAUUCUUAUGCAAUACUAAAUCUGUUGUGUUUGGGUUGUAGUAGAUAUGCUGUACCUGAGUAAUAAUCUCUGUUAUGAUCCAAUGCUAUUUGGAUAUGCACAAGCCCUCUACGACAAGUAAACCUCAGUCUCAAAAGCAAAAGAAACCCAGUCUGGAACACUGCUAGACAAUCCAGGUUGAGAGGCCCAACGGCCCGGCAAGAGCAGCGAAGAGGAUGAGGUGUGAACGCUCAGGGAGGUAACAGGUAGACCGAAGAAACAGCUCGCUUUCCUCUGGAGUUGCAGAGCAUUUGAUUAGCUCUUUUGUCAAUUUACGAGAUCUUGUACAAAAAAAAAAGAAGGAAAAAAAAAAAAUUGAUGAGAGGAGCUUGGCUGAACUUUUUUUGGCAUAGCACACUGAACACCUAGAGCAGCACUUAACUGUUCAGAAAAUAAUGAAGAAAUGGAUAUUUGGCUAAUUUCCUGUUAAUUAUUUGCAUUUUUUUUUUUGUUUUGUUUUCUUGAAAUUAUCCUUUGUUUUCUUAGGAUGUUGUAAUAUUACUUGAUGGUCACAUGAGCAAUUCAGUAUUUUUUGUCAAAUAUGGUCAGCUAAGGUCUACCACCAAAAGGGUUCUUUUCUCAUAAAAGUGAAAAUGUGUUUUCAUUCAAGUCUAAAUAGUUGAGUGGCUUGUAAUGUGUUCUACAAUAUAUAGCAAGCAAUAUGCCUUGUGUUACAAUUACGGGUCUCUACAGUGCAGUCAUCAUCCUUUUUUUGAAUUGACUUUAUUCAUACAGCUGACUCCAAUUUCUAAUGUUUACUCUCAGUCUAUAACAAAAAAAGUAAUAAUAAAGCCCCAUCACUCUAUUUCCAUCCUCUUAUGUACUGGUAUGGUUGCAAUAGUGGCAGGAUAGCAGAAAAUGGUCACCAAACACAUGGAAACUUGUGUCUAACUAUAAACUUCGCCUUCACACAGGCCUGAAAAGUGAUGUCCUUCUGUAUUUGAGAAAUCCCUGUUUAAGUAGGGGGUUCUUAUGCUACGUGUGCUAUUCAAUCAGUGUAUAGUAUACAGUAAAAUGUGCUGGUCCUUCUGUCUCUGCUCUGUUGUCUGUUUGUACAAAGCAAUAGUGUGUGUGCGCGUGCGUGUAUGUGUUUGUUCUCACAGUGUGUGAAUAAAAUAAACCCCAGACAAGGCUUUAAUAAUUUCAGAGGAACAGGGUUAUGUGGACGAGGAGGUUUUGAUUUUUUAUUUUCGACUUUUUGAAAGCAGAAGAAGAAGAAAAAAAAGAAAAAUGGUCUUGGAAAUGCUGAGCUUGAUCCAUCCAUAAUAGGUGUAGGUUUUUUAAAAGCAUGACAUAAUGCCUUCUACAAUUCAUCGGUCUGCAAGGAAGCGCUGCGAGGCAACAGCGACCGGCCUCGCAGUGAAAACGUGCUUUGUUAUCAGUUCGGCCAGAAUGUGGCUACAGCCUGAGCUGCGAUGAGCUGAAAUCGAUUCUGGACUGUAAAUUGUGAAAAUGAGUCUCCUUGACCGUAAAUUGUGAAGAUCAGUGUUAUGUCACGCUUAAAGUUGCCGGUGUGUCGCCCCAUAAUUAUGAGUCAGUCAUCACAUUUUUAACAAAAAACUCAUUUUUCCAAAGCACAGGUUGAUAAGAAUUUAUGAUUAAAAAUGACAUUUAAGAAUAUAGUUUUAAAAAAAUGAAAAAAUGAAAAAGCAACUUUUAGCCAUAAUCGAAUGUCAAGCAAUAAUAUAUGUCUGUGUAUUAUUUUUCAUUCUUUUGUGCAUAAUAGUCUUUGAACAUCUGCAUGUAAAUACACCUCUUAUUUAUCACUAUUUUGGUUUUUUUUGUUUUGUUUUAUUUUUGUGUUGAUUUUGUGGACGUUUUUAUGUUUCAUCUGUAUAUUUGACCAGUUCUGUUCCCAGGUGGAGAACUAAGAACUCGACAUGGCCUGUAUGCUGUAUAUCUUAUUUUCUCACUCUCUCCCUCAUUCUCGGCUGUUUAUUCACCAUAUUUAAUAUUAUUAUUGAUCACAUGUAUAAAGGUAGCGUUGUAACUUCUGUCUGUAUAGGUAAGAGGAAAAUACUGCUACUAAGGCCUACCCAGUGAAAAUAUUUAUCUGUUUAUCAAUUACAUCCUAUUGUACGAUAAAAAAAACUGUUUCUACUUUGCUUCCCUUCUUUAGGAUUAGUUUGAUAGAGAUAGGGUGUGCUGACAUUAAUUUUGUGUUGCCCUGAUGUGUGGUGCUAGGUAAGUUAAUUUUGUGAACCAAGUAUUGAUUCCUAAGCCUGGCCGCCCUAUUAGUUCAUUCAUUUCAUUGCAUAUUAAUGUAUUAUUGAUAUUAGGACUCAAUAAAUAAUAAUGAUAAUGAAAAUGAUAGUGGUAAAAUUACCCAGCAGGCACCUGUAUCAGUGUGCUAGUCCUGGGACUAAGGCACUUAUUUCCUUCUGACUUAUAGCAAAGCUAGUAUCUGCUAAUUAACAAGCUAUUUAAGGUUGCUUUUCUGGUUUGUGGAAAAAUUAUAAUAUUCAAAACUGAAACAGCAGUAUUGUGUUUUUUCUUUGUCUGAUUGUAAAAAAAAAGAAACAAACCACUCACUGAGGCUAUAGUUUGUCAGGUUUUAAGAUACUAACUAUUUACCUCCUGUGUCUGCAUUGUCCUUCACCUGAUGCAGGGAAGCGGUGCUUUGAUUUUAAUAAACAGAGCCUCGGUAUGCUUUUGUUAUUCCCCAUUUUAGACUAUCCUGAAGCAGUGGUUUCUUCAGACCAGUGGCAUAAACCUUUUUGCACCACAUGAAGUGUUAAAAAUGUACAUGAAAGGAUUGCCAUUUGAAGACAAAGUUGACCUUUUUCUCUCUACUCUGUAGCAAAUAUCAGUAAGAAUAUGCUUGCAAUAAUACACAACGUAUCACACUGAGUGCCUCUCGGUGUAACAAAAUGCAUACAUGGUUUUGAUUGUCUUUUUUUGUGGUUUUUUCCAGACGUGUACUGAAGUGACAAUGUAUUUUGUACAUGAGGAUGAAUUUCUCACUCUCACAUUGCUUAAAAAACUGUUUUUUCAGAUUCUUUCUUCAUGUGUUGUUGAUCAUUUUUCACGUGGGUUGAUGCGCUGAUGUUGAAGGGUUUCAAUGUAUAGCCGGUCCGUUUAGAGUGUACAUGUCACCCCUCACCUUGUUUCAUUUGUUUGUUUCAUGUUGAUCUCGAACGGUCAAUAAAUGCUCGUGGAUAAUAUUACGGAAGCGUUCACCUGCACAUUUUUCUUUUCCGAUCAAGCAAAAACAAACAGAAAAUCCAGAUUUUUUUGUCAUUUUCUGUUUGUGUUGACUUUUUUUAUUUCACUGAGAAACAGAAAAUUUACUAAUGCAUUGUAUAUUAAGUAUUUGUAUGUGUUUGUAAAACAGGCAUACAACACAUCUGGAUUUCCUUAAUGUUCUGUGUUCAAUGUGCCCUCAGUCUGUUGGGGUAACAUGAAGGGUGGGUGGAGCAGGGGUGGAUUCUUUUUUUUUCCAUGCAAAAAGCAGUACAAAUUAUGGGAAAGCCGAAACUAGUGUGUGGUUGUCACAAAUUUCUAAGUCACACGUUUGCUACUGAUGUUAAAUGGGGACAGAUGAUCAUGUACCUUUUUAUCCAGCUCUUUUGAACUCUCUUUAGCAGGUAGUCUAUUCACAAACGUAGUUUUGCUCCUUCUUGUCUGAUUCUUAAAUAUGAAAAUAAGUAUUUUGAUUCAUUUUGUAAAUACAGCUGUAAAGAAAAAUAAGAAAUUUAAUGUUGUCUUUUAAAUACUUUUCAUUCUAAUAUGAAUGUUGUUAUAUUGUACUUAGAAACUGUACCUUUAAUAUUACCUUUAUUAAAAGUGCAUUGGACACAUCGAUUUUAGAUGUGCUUUAUGUGCUGUUAUCCCAUAAUAAAAUUUACCGCUUGUAA